GGUGUCUCACCUUCCCGACUACGCUCUCAUUACCAAGAAAGACGCCGGUGUGUCAACAACACGCCGAGGCAUCUUCGGACAUAACCGCUCCUUAUUGGUCAGGAGUCUCGAGGUCUGGUGCGUAAACGUCGCGCGCUGGACACGCACGGGCCUGUCAGAGAAUUUACUGAGAAAACCUUGUGGAUAUUCGAGUGGUUGGAUUUAUCUGCGAUUUUUCUUUUCUUUUUUCACCGUCACUGUCUGGGUUUAUUUUACAUGCCAAAGCUGGGGGAACAGACACAACAGACUUCAGCGCGAAGCCUCACAGUUUUCGCCACAAUAAUUGGUUAUCGGAUGGACCAGCAUCCCAGCGCCCGGAGCUGCACCAGUCGCGGGGCUUCGUCCUGCGAGGCCGUCCCGACUGAGCCCUCCAUGAAUCUGUACAUCCACUCCACCACCGGCACACGCUUCGAGCUCUCCCUGCCCCUGGAGGAGACCGUGGAGGGACUGAAGAGGAGGCUUUCGCAAAAACUCAAAGUACCAAAAGAGAGACUCGCUCUGCUGCACAAAGAAACGCGACUAAGUUCAGGCAAACUCCAGGAUCUAGGCAUCUCUGAUGGGAGCAAGUUAACACUUGUACCAACAGUUGAAGCAGGAUUAAUGUCUCAAGCAUCAAGACCAGAACAGUCGGUAAUGCAAGCCUUGGAGAGUUUAACAGAAACUCAGGUCAGUGACUUCCUGUCCGGCCGCUCACCUCUCACCCUGGCACUGCGUGUCGGGGAUCACAUGAUGUUCGUCCAGCUCCAGUUGGCGGCACAGCAGUCUGGUGGCCCCCAGCUCCAGCACAGACACCUCAUCACCCGGGGCAACGCGGAGACCGCAAUGGGACAGCCCACGGGGCAGCCCCGUGUUCCCCACCCUCACCCACACUCCCACCACCACCCCCAUCAUCCACACAGUCACCCCAGCCCCCACUUGUCCCAGCCUCACCUGGUUCCUUCCUCCCCCUCUUCCCCGGGCUCCCCUUCCUUCCCCCUGCCCUCCACACACCACCAGCCACUCCCUCCCAUGUACCACCAGUCGCCCUCCUCUGCUCACUGUAGCCCCCCAACUCCUCCUCCUCCACCCCACUCCCCUCGCCCAUCACACAUCCCUGGAAGUCUCUUUCGCUCUCCAGCCCAUCACCAUCAUCACCACCACCACUACCACCAGCCUCCCUCAGGCCAACCCAGCCAUGACAUCGGCCAGGCCAGCCCUGUAGCCCCAGUCCUCUGCCCUGAGGCUAACUGCAGCCCCAACAGCCCCAACAGCCCCAGCAGCCCCAACAGCACCAACAGCACCAACAGCCCCAACAGCCCCAACAGUGGCACCAGUCCCUCAACACGCUCCCGUAAACCUGGCGCCAUCAUUGAGAGCUUUGUUAACCAUGCUCCCGGAGUCUUCUCAGGGACUUUUUCAGGCACUUUGCACCCUAACUGCCAGGACAGCAAUGGGCGUCCCAGACGAGAUAUUGGUACCAUCCUGCAGAUUCUCAAUGACCUCCUGAGCGCUACACGCCACUACCAGGGCAUGCCCCCUUCCCUCACCCAGCUCCGCUACCAGACACAGUGUGGUUCACCCACCUCCCCAUCCCCCUCGCCACCUCCUUCACCCCCAGUCGCUGGCAUGACGGGCCUCUCUGCCAAAGCUACCUCUGUGCCUGCCGGCAACCCUAGCACCCCUCCACCGACUCUUCAUCCUCUGGUACAGUGCCAGAGCCAGAUCCGCAUGUGCAAACCCCCUGGUGACCGCAUUCGUCAGACUGAGAACCGUGCAACUCGCUGUAAGGUGGAACGCCUGCAGCUGUUGAUGCAGCAGAAGCGCCUGCGCAGGAAGGCCAGGCGCGACCAGCGUGCUCCUUAUCAGUGGCUGCCCAACCGGAAGGCUGGACGCAGCAACAGCAACAGCAGCAUGUCCAGCGAGGGCUCCCUGGACCUGGACUUUGACGAUUCAGUGUGGAAGCCCGACGUCAAGGCUGACUUGAAGUCCGAGUUCGUCAUGGCCUGAACCGUCUGAUCCCACAUGCUGUGGGGGAUGGAUUCAGAGAUGUGCAAGGCAUUGCUUGGGAUUUACUUAGAGAUAUAUUUUGAGAGAAUGGAUUGGCAGGAGGUGACACAGAACUGUGCAAAGGGGAAAUCAAAGUUGUGACUGGCGUCUGUCACUUGAAAAAAAAAAGGCUCCCUACAGACUUUAAUCCCAUUCUGUCAUUCACAGUUGACCUUGUGAAAAACAGCAACAAUAGCAACAGAACUUUCUUUUGAUGCUUGGAUUUGGACAGGCAACUACUGGACUUAACAGUGUACAAGACUUUUUACAGUAUGAUUACAGAGACCGUACCUGAACUUGAGCAUAGCAGAAUUCAGUGGGUGGUGGUGGUGGUAUUUUUGUUUUCCUUUUGUUUUCUAAGAUUUGUUUUUUAAAGCGCACUCUGGACAGCAAUGAAGAGAUCCACACUGGACUUAUUAACAGGACAGGAGCACCAGAGGCCUCAGUGUUUCCUAAUCACAAGAAUGGCAGAACUGCCGAACUAUGGAUUAUUCCAAUGGGCAUUCUUAUCGAUCUCAAAACUCACCAACCAGAGUCUAGUUUUUACUUGUUACGGGGUGGUUAAACUUUCUUUUUUUUUUUUUUCAUUUUGAAACAUAUUAUUAUAUUUUAUAAACAAAAUAUGUAGCAUUGUUCACAAAGCAUUCAGGUUUUCAUAUAACAGUUCAAAGUAGUUUGCACAUUUUCUUGAUUUAUAACAGCUGGUCAAUGUGUGCAAGAAGGAGGUGGGGCCUGAAAUAGAAUUAAAAAAUGAAUAUGGAAGUAUUGAUAUCAACCUCAGUGACAUAGGGUAUCGAUAGGAAUGAUUAAUGAAUAAACAAAAUGAAUUAAUAUUAACAGAAAGUGCUUUAGAGGAUUUUAAAAUCUUUAAAAUGUAUAUGGAAAAAAAAUAAUCUAUUUUUUAUUUCUCUUCCUAUCUGCUGUUUUCAAAAAACAGCAGCCCUCUGUGGCUUUAGUCAAGUCGUUGACUACCAACAAAUACGUACAUCCAUCCAAUCAUUCAUUAGCUCAUUCAUGAAUUAUAGUCGUCUAGCCACAACAAAUGAUACGGAAAGAUAAAUUUCAUCCAGCCCACCUCAUGUCGUACAGACCUGAAUGGACUUGUUGAGGGUUUGUAUUAGUUUGUGUACAUAUAUGUGACAAUUGGCAAAGGUUUAUGAGGGUGUGUGUAUGUUUGACUUUAGUGUAAAUUGAUUUAUAAUAUCCCAUGUUUUUGUCUGAGUUGUCUUCUCCCAAAUAACUCCUUGGUUUCUCAAAAUCCUGAAGAUCAGCUGCAGUGAAUGCAUGGGUCACUACUUUAUAUCACAGCUAGAUAAAACGUCAAAAUUCUUAGUUGGUUAACAGUUCUAGGCCCAUUUGAUGUGUACCUUUCCUCAUAAUAGUGACUCUAUUUUUUUAUUGGCAAAGAGGGAGAAGAAGUGGGAUCUGUAUCCAGCAUCAUUAUCUAGUGCCUCCACCAGUACAUCCAUUGACAUAUCAGGUUAGGCCUUUCACAGUUCCGCUGCUACUUACGGGGACUUCAGAUGAAAAAAAAAAAGAAGCGAGAGGGAAAAAGUGACUUUUCUUUGCAUGCAGAAGUGUGAAUUACACUGAUCUUUUUUCUAUUGAUGGAAGAAAAAAAAGAAACUGGUGCUGUGGGAAUGAAGGUUAACAACUUGCAUGAAUUUGUGAAGAAAAUAAACAAUGCUGCUUUUGUUGGUUAGGUUUUUGUAAUUUUUAUUUUUCAAUGUUAGAACAACAGUGUCCUGCUAAAGUAUUACGACGCAAAACCAAAACAGAUGAAGUUAAGUGUGGACUCGCGUCUUGCUCAGCACUGAACAUUCCUGUUGUGUGACAAUGAAGACGAUGAUGAUGAGCAAAGAGCAACUGACUCUCUCUCUACUCCCCGAACGCUGGUUUUACCCCCCAUUACUCUCAAGGACCCAGACAGCCUACGAACUGUUCAACCACCUCCCCUCCUCCCAGCCUGAACGCCAACAGAGGCUCACGUGGACGUACUCUCGCAGGGAACCAACAGACCAACGGAUUUCUAGUGCUGUCCGUCAAAACCUACUCGAGAGAAGCAUCCGGUCUGUCUCUUUAUCUGUCUGUCUGUAUGAUCGAUCGACCACCCUACCACAAUUGCACUCCCAGAGAUUGCAGUGAGAGAUUACCUUUUUGGUGAACCUCAUCUUUUUUUUAAGUGGCCUUACCUUUCACUAAAAAAAAUGAGACACUUGGGGACAAUGGGGGCGGGAAUGUUUUUUUGGUUUUUAAACUUUCUGUGUGCAUUGUUGUCGGACUUGUUGUCAUCAAGGCGCCAUUUUUUGUCACUGAGGACACUGGGCAUCUGUUGUUUAGUGCUUUUAGCUGGUGGAGUCUCUAUUAUGUCAAGGCUUCUGUGCCUUAAAAAUGUUGCCCUUGCUGUGUCAGUGUCAGAUUUAAGCUUGUUUUCAUUGGUUGAUACACAGGACUGUAGUAUUCGCAGCCACGAGCGUCGUAGAUUUUAGGGGUUAAGCGCGUUUGAGCGAAUCAAAUACUAUUCAAAAAUUGGUGUUGUUCCUCAAAUGCGGCCUUUGUCCCAUUUCUUUAUUGUGUUGCCAUGCUUGUUGGUCUCCGUUGUCCGAACCUCAGAUCCCUCUUAACUCCUCCCACCAACAAGCUGAAAAAGCUACAAAUCUGUGUAACUUGUGUUAACUGAGGAGGUUUACACCACAGUACUUGGGUGGCAAGUAACAGCCCUGAUUCAGAAUAAGAAAGGUCCUCUGAGGACUCCAGACUACAUGCACUUCCUGUUUCCUUGGAUACAACAUUAUUAAAGGACAAUUUAUCCCCUGCCCCUCCCAAAUUUUAUUUAAUUUUUUUUGUAUAUGUAUGAACUAUACUCUGUGUGUGCCUCACUUCUGUGUGAAACUCAAAAAGAUGAAACAAAACAAAAAAGAUGACAAAAGCAUUACAGAGAGGAUAAAAAACAGUAUGUUGGUGGAAUUCUGAUCAUUUAAGUUGCCUGUUCUUUCUUGUAGCCAACUAUUGAAAAUAACAGGAUUCAAGAAUACAAUUUACAAUGUUCUAGCUCUAGACCGGUGUAGCACAUGUGUGACUGUAUUAAUUUAUGAAACCAAAAUGGUAACUGUGAAUUAUGUAUUUCUUUGUGCAUUUUUUUAAAAAGCGGGGGAGAAGGUUGUCGGGACAUGGCAGCAGCUGAUGUUGUGUCCGAAAAAACAUUUUGUUUUUGGUGGAAUAUAAUGGAAACAAAACGUGUUUCCGAAAAAGAAAAAAAAGGAAAAAAAUGGGGGAAAAAAAGAAAAAAAAUGUAAAAAAUAUAUGAAUAUAUUUUUUUUCUUAAGCAAUACAUUUCAGUGUGACUUGUGAUAGAACAUUUUCUUUUUUUAGGUAAUAAAUAAAUAAAAAACAAAAUGAGUACGUCA